AUGACAUACUAUCUACAGGGGGGAGAGGGAGAGAGAGGACAGACUGUCUCAAACGCCGAGGCGGAGACCAGAGAGGGCAAGGAGAAGAAGGCAAGGAGAAGAAGGCAAGGAGAAGAAGGCAAGGAGAAGAAGGCAAGGAGAAGAAGGCAAGGAGAAGAAGGCAAGGAGAAGAAGGCAAGGAGAAGAAGGCAAGGAGAAGAAGGCAAGGAGAAGAAGGCAAGGAGAAGAAGAAGGCAAGGAGAAGAAGAAGGCAAGGAGGAGAAGAAGGCAAGGAGGAGAAGAAGGCAAGGAGGAGAAGAAGGCAAGGAGGAGAAGAAGGCAAGGAGGAGAAGAAGGCAAGGAGGAGAAGAAGGCAAGGAGGAGAAGAAGGCAAGGAGGAGAAGAAGGCAAGGAGGAGAAGAAGGCAAGGAGGAGAAGAAGGCAAGGAGGAGAAGAAGGCAAGGAGGAGAAGAAGGCAAGGAGGAGAAGAAGGCAAGGAGGAGAAGAAGGCAAGGAGGAGAAGAAGGCAAGGAGGAGAAGAAGGCAAGGAGGAGAAGAAGGCAAGGAGGAGAAGAAGGCAAGGAGGAGAAGAAGGCAAGGAGGAGAAGAAGGCAAGGAGGAGAAGAAGGCAAGGAGGAGAAGAAGGCAAGGAGGAGAAGAAGGCAAGGAGGAGAAGAAGGCAAGGAGGAGAAGAAGGCAAGGAGGAGAAGAAGGCAAGGAGGAGGAGAAGGCAAGGAGGAGGAGAAGGCAAGGAGGAGAAGGCAAGGAGAAGAAGAAGGCAAGGAGAAGAAGGCAAGGAUGGUUGAGUUGUGGACCCCCUGGGGGGAAGAAGACAAGGAGAAGAAGGCAAGGAGAAGAAGGCAAGGAGAAGAAGGCAAGGAGAAGAAGGCAAGGAGAAGAAGGCAAGGAGAAGAAGGCAAGGAGAAGAAGGCAAGGAGAAGAAGGCAAGGAGAAGAAGGCAAGGAGAAGAAGGCAAGGAGAAGAAGGCAAGGAGAAGAAGGCAAGGAGAAGAAGGCAAGGAGAAGAAGGCAAGGAGAAGAAGGCAAGGAGAAGAAGGCAAGGAGAAGAAGGCAAGGAGAAGAAGGCAAGGAGAAGAAGGCAAGGAGAAGAAGGCAAGGAGAAGAAGGCAAGGAGAAGAAGGCAAGGAGAAGAAGGCAAGGAGAAGAAGGCAAGGAGAAGAAGGCAAGGAGAAGAAGGCAAGGAGAAGAAGGCAAGGAGAAGAAGGCAAGGAGAAGAAGGCAAGGAGAAGAAGGCAAGGAGAAGAAGGCAAGGAGAAGAAGGCAAGGAGAAGAAGGCAAGGAGAAGAAGGCAAGGAGAAGAAGGCAAGGAGAAGAAGGCAAGGAGAAGAAGGCAAGGAGAAGAAGGCAAGGAGAAGAAGGCAAGGAGAAGAAGGCAAGGAGAAGAAGGCAAGGAGAAGAAGGCAAGGAGAAGAAGGCAAGGAGAAGAAGGCAAGGAGAAGAAGGCAAGGAGAAGAAGGCAAGGAGAAGAAGGCAAGGAGAAGAAGGCAAGGAGAAGAAGGCAAGGAGAAGAAGGCAAGGAGAAGAAGGCAAGGAGAAGAAGGCAAGGAGAAGAAGGCAAGGAGAAGAAGGCAAGGAGAAGAAGGCAAGGAGAAGAAGGCAAGGAGAAGAAGGCAAGGAGAAGAAGGCAAGGAGAAGAAGGCAAGGAGAAGAAGGCAAGGAGAAGAAGGCAAGGAGAAGAAGGCAAGGAGAAGAAGGCAAGGAGAAGAAGGCAAGGAGAAGAAGGCAAGGAGAAGAAGGCAAGGAGAAGAAGGCAAGGAGAAGAAGGCAAGGAGAAGAAGGCAAGGAGAAGAAGGCAAGGAGAAGAAGGCAAGGAGAAGAAGGCAAGGAGAAGAAGGCAAGGAGAAGAAGGCAAGGAGAAGAAGGCAAGGAGAAGAAGGCAAGGAGAAGAAGGCAAGGAGAAGAAGGCAAGGAGAAGAAGGCAAGGAGAAGAAGGCAAGGAGAAGAAGGCAAGGAGAAGAAGGCAAGGAGAAGAAGGCAAGGAGAAGAAGGCAAGGAGAAGAAGGCAAGGAGAAGAAGGCAAGGAGAAGAAGGCAAGGAGAAGAAGGCAAGGAGAAGAAGGCAAGGAGAAGAAGGCAAGGAGAAGAAGGCAAGGAGAAGAAGGCAAGGAGAAGAAGGCAAGGAGAAGAAGGCAAGGAGAAGAAGGCAAGGAGAAGAAGGCAAGGAGAAGAAGGCAAGGAGAAGAAGGCAAGGAGAAGAAGGCAAGGAGAAGAAGGCAAGGAGAAGAAGGCAAGGAGAAGAAGGCAAGGAGAAGAAGGCAAGGAGAAGAAGGCAAGGAGAAGAAGGCAAGGAGAAGAAGGCAAGGAGAAGAAGGCAAGGAGAAGAAGGCAAGGAGAAGAAGGCAAGGAGAAGAAGGCAAGGAGAAGAAGGCAAGGAGAAGAAGGCAAGGAGAAGAAGGCAAGGAGAAGAAGGCAAGGAGAAGAAGGCAAGGAGAAGAAGGCAAAGGAAAUAG